UUCGGAGACGUCACUUCAAGUAAACACUCAAACUCGCGGUAUCGGAGGUACAGUGUCGAUAUGCACACAAGUUUUGAGUUAGCGUGAAGCAUAGGUAUUUCAUAAGACAAACGCUCAAUGUCGUCAAUGCGAGUCACGAAUGUUGAUCGACAGACGCAAAUUCGUCUUCGAGGCGCUAGCAUGUUAAGUGAUAAACUAGGUCUGUGAGUACGCUUAAGUUGCCAUCGUUCGAUUUGAGGAUAUAUUUGCAUAACACCGGAUCCAUUGAAAUACAACAAACGAACAGCUGGUGUAGAUCAAGCGAUAACAAGAUCUGUAACAAACCAUGGCUUCAUUGACGCAGUUCCGGAGGAUUUCCAGCUUGCUUCACCAGCAGGCCAAAACCAACUUCAGCAGUGCAGCCGCUGUGACAGCAGCAAAGUUGCAAGAACAGGCACUAGAGGAAAACUGCAUUCUGGUCAACGAGAAAGAUCAAUCGCUGGGUAAUGCUUCCAAACGAGACUGUCACCGGGUGGACUCUAAUGGAGACAUCCGGUUGCAUCGGGCAUUCAGCGUAUUUCUGUUCAAUUCGGACGGCGAAAUGUUGCUACAGCGAAGAUCGACACACAAGAUUACUUUUCCCGAUUGUUACACUAAUGCUUGCUGCAGUCAUCCCUUGUACGACAUUGAGGGCGAACGAGAGGAAUUGAACGCGCUAGGAAUCCGCCGGGCUGCCCAGCGGCGAUUGAAUUACGAACUUGGGAUCCCGUUAAGUCAAGCCCGGCCGGAGAAUUUCCACUUUCUGACGCGAAUCCACUAUGCCGACCGGGGGGACGGCGUCUGGGGUGAACACGAGAUCGACUACAUUCUGUUCCUUCAGAAGAACGUGGACCUGAAGCCGAACGAGAGUGAGGUGAGCGAAAUUCGUUACAUCCGACGCGAUCAGCUGGAUUUGCAGAUUGCCGCCCUAAAUGCCCCAUUGACCCCCUGGUUCCGGCUGAUUCUGGCAAACAAACUCAAGCUUUGGUGGGACAAUCUGCAUCGACUGAAGAAGCACGAAAAUCUUAGCGAAAUUGAACGAUUCUGAGGGGUGAGACAGGUGAGAGCAUAUCGAUGACCGCGGACGAAAAGCAAUAAUACUAUUUACGGCAUAGCUAUGGGCCAUUAUGAUUUCGUUAAAAUGUAGCGUUGGGUUGAGGAGUGUUUUGUAUGUUUCAUAUGUUAAAUUUCUGAUUCCAAAUCAUUAGAAGUUAAGUACUUAAUUAUAAAUAGCAAUACCAGUGGAGCCAAACAAAAUACUUUUAUAUGCAAGAU